AUCGCUUGUCACCAGAGGCAAAUAACGGAACCCUUUUGACCGUAUAUUGUUUGAGAGUUUUACGUUUAAACAUUUUGAUAGCGUAGUUUGGAAGGAGUUUAGUCCAAUAAUAACUCUCCGUGUCCACAUUUAGGACUCUGAAGUCGCGCACUGUCUCUUUAAGAGGGUUCACCCACCGACCUCCUGUUGAUCCGACGGUAUUUCCCCACACGUUACUGCCCUUCUGUGUCUCCUGACAGUCUCACAGCGCUUUACUUCAUUCAUAACGGUUUAUUUAUUUAUUUAUUCACUCUUUAAACUUGAAGCUCAAACAUGGCAGAGGUAGGGAAAGGAGUCAACGCCGGGAAACUGGCCAGUAAUGUCCAGAAGAGGAUAACUCGAGCACAAGAGAAGGUGUUGCAGAAGUUGGGAAAGGCGGAUGAAACAAAAGACACAGCAUUUGAGGAGGAAGUGGUCAAAUUCAAUAAGCAGCUGGCUGAUGGCACCAAAUUGCAGAAAGACUUGAAGGCAUAUAUGGCGGCAGUGAAAACCAUGCACGAGUGUUCAAAGCGGCUACAGGACUGUCUGGCAGAAAUGUACGACCCCGAGUGGUUUGGCAAAGAGGAGGUGGACUCCAUCGCAGAGGACACUGACCUCCUGUGGCUAGAUUUCCACCAGAAGCUUGUGGACAGUGCCCUCCUUUCCAUGGACACAUAUUUGGCUCAGUUUCCAGACAUGAGGGCUCGCAUCGCUAAGCGCGAGAGGAAGCUGGUAGAUUUUGACAGUGCCAGACAUCAUUUUGCUUCUAUACAGAAAAGCAAGAAAAAGGAUGAGGCCAAAAUUGCCAAGGCUGAGGAAGAGUUAGGCAGAGCUCAGAAGGUAUUUGAGGAGAUCAAUUAUGAUCUCCAGGAGGAACUUCCCACCCUGUGGGACAGUCGUGUUGGCAUCUAUGUUAACACAUUCCAGAGCGUUGCCGGCCUGGAGGAAAAAUUUCACAGAGACAUGGGCAAACUGAACCACAAUCUGAGUGAUAUUAUGACCAAACUGGAAGAGCAGCGUCUAGCCAAAAAAAGUGUCCCGACAGCAAGCACUGGGAAGAGUGAAGAAGCAGCCAAUCACAACCUCUCAGAGUCAGCGUCAGACGCCCCUAAAUCACCAGCAAAGUCCAGAGAAGGACCGCCGGUGUCACGGCCGCCCAGGCCGGCUUCAUCUCAGGAGGUGAAUCAGGACAACACCAUUAACCCGCUUGAAGAUGCAGUGGUGCCUGACAUUAACAGUUCAACCCAGCCACAGAAUGAAGCGCCAACAGUGACAAAUGGUUCAUCAGAUGCAGAGCUUCCUCCAUCUGUUCUCUAUAAGGUGAAAGUGAUGCAUGACUACGGAGCAACAGACAGUGAUGAACUUGAUCUGAAGGCUGGUGACAUUGUGCUUGUGCUUCCCUUUGCCAACCCAGAUGAACAGGAUGACGGCUGGGUAAUGGGCGUAAAAGAGUCACACUGGCUUCAGAAUAAAAACCUCCUAGCUAAAGGAGUCUUCCCUGAAAACUUCACCCAGAAACUGUGAGCGGAACAGCCCUCUCAGAAUCACCUACUCUCAUACUUUGUUUCCUCACCACUUUACUGUAACAUUUUUUAUAAAACAUCUUCAAAAAAACAAGGGCUUCUCAAGCAAAAAGAAAAAAGAAGAAGCUCUAUUCUAUAUACUGUGGUCAUUUGGGGUAAGAAUAAACAAUAAAAGGUAUUAGAUGAUA